UCGGUGGGUGUUGCACAGUUGGCAAAACAAAAAGUACCAAAAGAAUAAUUAAGAUUCGAGUUCAAUUCAUACAACUGCGCUGGAAGGAGGAACGGAAGAAGCAACGGCAGGAGGGCGGAGAGCAACGGCAGGAGGGCUGAGAGCAACGGCCGUCAUUCGUCAGUGUCCCACCAAACUCCGCCACCACCGUCGCAGCCAGUACCGUCGCCGCCAUCGCCACCUUCGCCGCCAGCACAAACACCGCCCCCUCAUCCCGCUGAGCUUGCGGCUCAGUCUGCUGCAUACUUUGACGAUCUUUUUGGUCCGGGCUCUAGGGGAAUGGUGAGGAGCUAUGCUUCUUCUGCGGCUACAAACGGCAAUCAUCCGGCGAAUGGAACUCGUGCGGCAGGUAAUGGAGAAAGUAGCACCCACAGUACUUAUCAAAUGGCAAGAAAUCCAUGGCAAUACAACUCCUCCAUUUUCUAUGGUGGCCAAGAAGAUAUUUAUGUCCGACCCAGACCCCCCCCAAGAAGGCCCGAAGAUGACAUAAAUGAUGAGACAUAUUGUAAUAUAGGAGAUUGGUGGAAAGGGUCAUACCACUACUGAGGUGGAGGGGGGAUCUUAGAGGCACAAAAAUAAAAUAAACAUCCAAAAAAAUAGGUAGCCAACAAGCAAGCUAAGGAUCUGCAUGGGCAUGCAUAUGGCACUUCAGUUUCCUUUUCUUUUUUUUGUUGUGUUUCACUCUCUAUAUAUAGUGGCUUACAUAUCAUAUCCUUGCAAUUAUCCUAUACAUACAUAUCUAUAUGCAUGUAUGUAAGUAUGUAAAAUAAGGGAUAAUAUAUAUAGACAAGGUUGGAAUGAUAAUGUGUACGUGUAAUCUCUCUGAGUACAGAUCACCGUGUUUGAUAAUCAGAAAUAUUAAAUACUACAGAACAAG